AUGGAGAAGAUCACAGACAAGAUCGCGGCUUUGCCGCCUGAUGCGAAUUACUUUUCGCUCGAGUUUUUCCCUCCCAAGACGAAGAUGGGUUUUGCCAAUCUCCAAGCUCGACUAGAGCGUAUGGAACAGGCGCUGCGACCGUUGUUCGUUACCGUCACCUGGGGAGCUGGAGGAAGCACCGCAGCAAGGUCGCUGGAGCUGGCCGAGAUCUGCCAGCGCCAGUUGCAGUUGACGACGUGCUUACAUUUGACGUGCACCAACAUGAGCCGGGCUUUGAUUGAUGAGGCUCUGGAGGAGGCGAAGGUUCUGGGGAUUCGAAACAUCCUCGCGCUCCGUGGUGACCCGCCACGCAGCGAAGAAUACAAUAUGCACGGAGAAGAUGACAGCAACAAGGAUUUCACGUUCGCGGUCGACCUGGUACGAUACAUUCGCAAGAAGUACGGUGACUAUUUCUGUCUGGGUGUUGCCGCAUACCCCGAGGGUCACCCGGUCGAUUCCUUCCAAGAUGUACAGGAUCCGGUCAGGGAUAUACCAUAUCUAGUUGAGAAGACCCAGGCGGGCGCGGAUUUCAUCAUGACCCAGUUGACGUAUGACGUCGAAGCCUACACGAAGUUCGAGAACAUGCUACGGAACCAUGAGUCUGGUGCUUUCAAGACGAUUCCGAUUAUUCCUGGCUUGAUGCCGAUUCACAGCUACAAGAUCCUGACGAGAGUAACGAAGCUCAGCCAUGUCCAGGUCCCUCCCCAUAUUUUGUCGAAAUUAGAAGCAGUGAGACAUGAUGAUGAUGCAGUGAAGCGUAUUGGCGUGGAUGUCAUCACCAAUCUUGUGGAUGGUAUCCGGAAGAUCCCUAAUCCUGGUUUCAGAGGUUUCCAUUUCUACACUCUCAACCUCGAAAAGACUGUGUCAUUUAUCAUUGAACGCUGUGGUUUGAUACCAGAUGAUGCGGAAAAUUCCGCUGCAGUGGAUGAAGAUGACUAUGCCACCGUUCCCAGUGGUGCUCAGUUGCGCGCUCUCACUCGGCGCAGAGCUUCGUCCGUACACUCACAGGCGCAUAAUCGUGUCAUUGUCGAUAAGUUACAAAAGCCCUCAGAUGGAUCAUCAAGAGCUUCGACUACACAUGAGGCACUUGCCAACAGCGCCGGAAUGCCUGCAAUGGCCCCUGAUCGCAACACAACCCUGCAGAUCUCGGAGGGCCUCGGCGCACUUGGCAGAGAAGCAACAUGGGAUGACUUCCCUAACGGUCGGUGGGGUGACGCCCGGUCACCUGCAUUCGGUGAAAUCGAUGGAUAUGGCCCCUCACUCCACGUCUCACCCACGGUCGCUCGGCGCGUUUGGGGCUAUCCUGUAUCACGAGAUGACAUCAGCACCCUGUUCCGCCGCCAUGUCUCUGGGGAGCUCUACAUCGUUCCAUGGUCCGAAGGAGGUGCUGAGGAGAAUACCAGUGGCCUGAAUGCUGAAACAGAGGUCAUUCGGCCUGAAUUGUUGAAGCUCAUCGACGGCAAGGGCUGGUGGACAUUGGCCUCCCAGCCCGCCGUCAACGGCGUGCGUAGCGACAAUUCUACCUUUGGAUGGGGUCCUCCAGGCGAGGGAUUUGUCUUCCAAAAGCCAUUCGUUGAAUUCUUUUGCCCGAGCAAAGACUUUGAGACAGUACUCAAGCCACUCUUCGCAAAUCACGGUCACGAGAAGCUCGCCUGGUUCGCAACGAAUGCCAAGGGCGAGUUCCAGUCCUCCCUACCUGCCGAAACAGCCGACUCAGACGCUCUCGAGCCGAACCCCGACAAUGUCAAUGCAGUUACCUGGGGAGUCUUCCGCGGCAAGGAGAUCGUCACUCCCACCAUCAUUGAAGAAGUGAGUUUCAGGGCGUGGGGUGAAGAGGCGUACCGUAUCUGGGAGGAAUGGCGCCGCAUCUACCCCCGUGGAUCUGCGACUGAGCGCUUCAUUGACGAAACCAAGAACGACGUGUGGCUGGUGUGUGUUGUCGGCCAGGACUUUGGAGCUGGUACCGAGACCGGGUCAGACGAAGAACAGCACGAGACCAAGUGGAUGUGGAACGUCCUGAUCAACAGCCAGUGA